GGGUGGGAGCAAGGUGAUGUCCUGGACUUCGGAGAGGUGCUGUCGAACGGGACAUCGCUGCAGAGAAGAAGCAGUUUAGAAGCAAAUGAUCGAGGCCGCGAGGGAGCCCUAAAAUCCGGGCCAUCAUGACGGCGGUUCCAACUGAUCGCUAUUACCGCAAUGUGGUGGAUGUGAGUGGCGAGAUCGAGGAGACAAAGAUUCGAGAUAAAUUACUCCAUGGCGAUGCCAAGGCAUAUCUGGAAGCAGCACGCGCACAGCGUGAUCAAAACGCAGACAGGAUAAGGUUGCGCCGUCUGGAGAACAAGAAGAAACGUGAGGAGCUGGCAACACGGGUCCGGGGCGAUGAGCAUGUGGUCGCGGCAGCAUUCAGCACAGCGGGCAAGAGUAUGCCACCCCGCUUUCGUGGCAUGCCGUGUCGGCAAGCCAUUGGUCAGCUCGACCGAUCAGUUAGUCUCGGCAAGAAGCGCCUGGACUUGCUGCAGUAUAAAAAUCGCCAACGGGUGGCAAAGAUGGAGAGCCUGGAGACGCUGCUGAGGGAGCGCCAAGUGGAGUACACAGCAGUGCGUGAGCAGGAGGAGGGAGAGUCGGAGGAUACCAAGCGCCUCCGAGCAUUGGAGAAUGACUUGAUGAGGAUGAACCUGAAACUGGAUGAAGGCAGGCACAUGAACACUAUCUAUCGGAAAAUUGUUAACAAGAUGAAGGAGGAUCGAUUGCACUAUGAUCGCUUGCUGAAGGCGAUGGGAAUAGCAUUGAAUGAGAAAGGAAAGAGCUAUGCCGAGCUGGCAGCCAUCUAUGACAACGCCCUGGAUGCCACAGAGGAUGUCAAAGCGUUCAUGACAAUUCAGGAAGAGCAACUGCAGCACCACCGGGAGAAGAACGAGGACACACUGUCCAAGUAUCAGAAACUCGCCGACAAGAACCGAGAGCAAAGUGACAAGGGGGAGAGGCGGCUCCACCGUGCAUCAAUAAUUGCAGAUGAGUCAUCCGUUAUCGAUAUGGGCAAGUCGCAAGACAGGAAUGCCGCGGCUGGCAUAGACAAGUAUCAGGCAAUCAUACAGAAGGUUGCCACGGCGAUAGGUGUGACAUCACCAGAUGAGGUUACCGAACGCUUUCUGAACCAGAGCGAAACACACAGAUCUUUGAAAGUGGCUGCUGAACAGAGUCAAAUGAGUGUCAACAGUCUCAAGGAGGAGAAGGAAGAGUUGGAGAGUGCCUUUGAGAAGCUCAACUAUGCACAAGAAGCAAAGGUUUCGAGGGGACAGCAGAUGCUGGAAGAGGUGCGGCGAGAGAUCCACAAGGUUAAGAGCGAGGAGACGCAAGGCGAGGCCAUGGCACUGGAGGUGAAGACAACACUCGAUGAUGUCAAGAGUGGCGUUGAGCACCUAAGCCAGAAGCUGGUGCAUUUGAAGGAGCCGACCGUCUCCGUGCCGACGCAUCCAGUGUCGAAGACAGACGAAGAGUACGUCCUGGAUCUGCUGGCCAGCUGCGAGGCAAAGCUCUGUGCCCUUGCUGAGCAGCUGGAAGAGAGAGAAGUCGAUAUUCUAAGCAAGGAAAUGGAGGACGUAGAGUUCCGAACUGGCCUGGCUGGCAAGCUUCCCGAAGUCAAUUUCCGAAUUGACCUCUCCUCACCGAUUCCGGAGAAGGCAUUUGGCGAUGACGAGGAGAGUGGUGAUGACAACGAUGUGCUAACUCGAGACAAGCUCAAACGAGAAGCGCAGGAAUUUACUGAUGCCAAGACCAAGAAGAAAAAGAAGAAGAAGAAGAAGGACUAGGUACAUUGGGAGCAUAACACACAUUUCGUCCAUUGGUCCCAGUGCCGCAAAACCGAGCUUCAUGUCCCAAACUCAUCAACUAUUAAUCCAUCUAGCUUAGCGAGGCCUUUGACAGCAGGCCAUAGUGCUCAAUGCAAGGACCAACUGGCCAGUACUGCACAGCCGCACCACACAUAGGGUACGGGCAGCACAGCACAGCACAGCACACCACUUAUCUAGCUUAGACAUUUGCAGCUUUUACAUUGAUUUCUCGGGUAUAAUCUCAUAGUGUUUCUUUGCAUACUAGUACUCCUGACUGACACGACAAGGCAGUGGCAGCCACAAUUUGAUGCAUGAUGACAUUGUGGAAAUAACGGCACUGUUCCACAUGAUACUAGUAGCAUAGAAUGACAGCCUACCUAAUGUUAGUACCAAUUAAAUAAUUCUGUAUGUACAGAAAUUGUCCAAACUCAUCAAACUGAUGAAAUAAAAAUCGCGAUGAAGUAAAA